UUUCUUGCUUGCGUUUGGGUUACGUUACUCAUGCUAGGGUAACCGCCCACGCCCAUGCAUGCCCCAAGACGAGCCAGCCCUGGGGAUUGUUAGUUAGCCUUUUCGUACUCCGUACCCAGCCAGUCAGUCAGUCAGUGUCUGUCAUACGCCCGUAAUCCGCAACUCGGCCACAUCACGGCGUUUGGUUGGGGAAGCAACUAUUUCGGUCGCAUGGCCCAUCCAGCUCUCUCGCCUUUGCCGAACUCAAAUCCCUUGACACACACACACACACGCACACACACGCACACACACACACCUCUCUUCAUAAGUGACUUCUAACAAUAUGGUAAGCGGCAUUCAGCAAUGCCGCGUGCUUGCUCCGUAAACAUGGGACGGACAGCAGAAACCCACGCCCUGCUUGCUGGCUUGGAAGUUUCCGCGCCUUUCUUUACUGAGUUGGAAAUAGGAUAGUGUUUGACUGCCUCGACUACGUCGACGUACUUCUAACAAGUUCGUAUACAUACAUCUGUAAGUCUUCACCACACAUAGAUAUAUAGUUGUACAUAGCCUCAAGUAUCAUGUUCAAUCUCAUGUUGCACGGCCCAAGUCAUCUGCUACCCCAGCCCUACAGACCAGACAAGACCAGACUGGACAGACGGACAGACAGACAGACAGACAGACAGACAGACAGACAGACAGACAGACAGGCGGAGCAUCAAGACCCAAUAUCAAACGUCACCGGCAAUAUCACUGCUUCUUCUGACUCGUCUCAACCUCUGACUCGUUAACUCACCAACAUGCCUUCGAGCAAGUACGGCAGCAGCUCAGGGGGAGGCAGCGACCCCUUCAAGAACAGCACCUCGGGGUCCAUGUCCAAGAAGCUAAAGGAGCCCAAGAAGAAGAGGGGCGACUCGUCCAAGAGCAAAGAGGAGGAACAGACAUCAAGACGCAGGACACAGAACCGCGCCUCCCAGAGGGCAUACAGGGAGCGCCGCGAGCACCGCCUCCAGGAGCUCGAGGCGCAGGUCCUCGAGGCCGAGACGCUCAACCAGACGCUCACGGCCGCGUACCAGGAGCUGCGCGCCGAGAUGGACGGCCUGCAGGCCGAGAAGGCGCAGGAGCAGUACUACGCCAGCAUGGCGGCCGCGCAGGCGCAGGCCGGCUCGUCGUCGGGGGCGGUGGGCGGCUACGACCCCUCUGCCGCGUAUGGUGGUGGUGGUGCUGGGUAUGGGGACCCGGGCAUGUGGGCUUAUGAUGGGGGUGCUGACUGGGGGGCUCCUGGGGAGUGGGACCAGGGGGGGAGUGGUGGUGGUGGUGGUGGUGGGCAUCAGGGGUACUGA